AUGAGCUGCAACAGGCAGUUCAAAGGUGAUGUCCAUCAGUUGACUGUGUUGCGGCUGGAGCUUCGCAAACUCGACCAGCACGACAUGGACUCAAAGGCGGGGGUGGUGGAGAUGCUGAAGGUUCCAGUGAAUGGGUCCACCCGGAAGGACCAGGCAUUGCUGGGGAGAGCAGUCUGCCAACAUAGUUUUCGCCAGCUUUUGGGCAUUGGCCCCAAGAGGUUUGAACGAUUGAAAAGAUGUGCUCUGACAGAUUGCCCACUCCCAGUGGACGGGAGGCAAAGGCCCCGGAGACACGAUGGAACAAAUCAUGAAUCAGUCCGGAAACGGGGGUUGAUCACAGAUUUCUUAGAAGAGAUCUACAAUAGCAUGAGUGAGCCGAUGCCAGAAGCUUCGGACCAAGGGCAGGUUGAAGCAGAGCAAGGAGAUCAUUAUGUGAUGCCCAAGAUGAAGUUUCGGCGCGACCGUGGCAAAAACCCUGGCAAACGACUCAGAGACAUGACAGUCAAGACCUGCACGUUGAAGGACACACCUGUCCGUUUGCUUCCGCCAGGCAGUUUUUCAGAGUAUUUGGAGAUGUUGCAGGCAAAACACCCAGGAGAGAAAUUUUCUCUCAAGCUGUUUUGCACAGUUUGGGGUUCCAACUUCACCAAGAUGGCGAUCCGACGCUCCUCACAACAUGCCUCGUGCAGCACCUGCUGCCGCCACAAGAUGAUCCUGAAGCGACUUGGUGCUGACAAACGCGCCAGGGCCAUGCAGAUGCAGGAAUACCAACGGCAUCUUCACCGGACCUACCAGGACCGGGUGCGCUACUGGCUGACUCGGUCUCAGUCCCGACUUGGUAUUCAGCCAUCUGGAAUAUCCACAUUGACAUUGAUUUGUGAUGGCAUGGAUAAAUCUAAGUACCGUUAUCCACGGUCGGCCGUGUGCAACUCGAAAGAGUUUAGUGGCCUGGUAAGGCCGGCUCUGGACGUUACUGCGGUCAUUUGCCAUGGCCACAAUGUAGUGCUUGCUUGCUCUGAACCGUUUGUUCAGAAAGGUUCUUCCUGGACCACUGAAUUGGUGGCCCACAGCAUAGACAAGGUGGCUCAGAAAACAGAUGUCCGCGGUUGCGAAAUUCAGCUACAAAUGGACAAUUGUGGCCGCGAAAAUAAAAAUAACAGCCUGUGUCGGCUGGCUGGAAUUUUGACUGGAUCCGGCCGCUGCUACCGGAUGCAGUUAAACUUUUUGGAAUCUGGACACUCCCACGAGGACAUUGAUCAAUAUUUUAGCAGCCUCUCCAAUUUGAUUGAGAGCAGGCGCGAGAUCCACACCCCUGAUCAGUUUGUUGCGGUCUUGGACCGGUUCAUGCAGGAUGCGUCAAUUCGUCCCCAUGAAGAGUCUCGAUUUGUGUACAAAGUCGAUGCAGUCCGGGAUUGGAAAACGUAUCUUCACCUAGCUUGUGAAGGGAACCACUUGACUGGCAUUGGUGGCCCUUCUGCGCCACAUGUCUUUGCGUUUGAUCGACGGCAGAAUCUUCCAGGUUUCGAGGACAAUUCCGGGGUGAAGACCAAGUUUUGGGGGACCCGUCAUGGUGCGAAUGUGCCACAACCCACUGACGUCAUCAUGAGGACCAAGCAGUGGAUGAGUGAUGAGUCCUGGCAAGAUGCUGUUCUUUACUUGCCUGGCAAUCUCUGCGAUGAAUUUGCGUCCCGGGGCAUUGUUCCAGAUGGAGAGCCACCUUUUUGUAUGGAUGAAGCAGCUUCACAUUUAGAGAAGCUGGCCAACAACCAGAUUCCUCGCACUCCAUGCCUGUCAGUGGGCUAUUGCAUUCUGGCACCAGGCCCUGUGGUGGGGCCUGGGGUUCCAAAUGAUGUUGCUAUGAGAUACGAAAAGCUAGAUGGUCGUGAGAUGCUUCGAUAUGUUGGGAAGCGACGGCAGCAAUGCAUCUACAAUGCUGCAGUCAAGCUUUGGAGCCGCGGUAUUGCUUGGGAUGCGGCUCUGGACAUGAGUACCCAAUCCUUUGAUGCUGCGAUGCAGCUUUGA